GCAAAUGCACUUGACAAUACUGUUCCUGCAAGAACUAUUCCAGAACACCUGACCUUCGUGUCUUAAAAUAACAACUGACUGUUUUUUGUUGUCAUUACAUAUGGAUUACUGAAGUCCAUGUGUGUUAUUUCAUAGUUUUGAAAUCUCCAGGAUUGUUCUAGAAUGUAGAAAAUAAAUCCCUAAACAAAAACAUUGAAUUAAAAGUGUGAGUGUUAGUGCUCGGCUCAUCAUGUCGUCAGUAGAAGAAACGGAGGUCUUCAUCCCGGAGCAGGCAUGUGUCCUCACUGUUCCUGUUCACUCGCUGCCUUCAUCCAUCACCAAGAAAAUGUCAGCGUGUCCAGUUCGGUCUGACCAUCCGGCUGUGUUCAUCUCCCCGGUGGAGCUGAGGGACAAAGGAACGACCCAGGAACCAUCACCUUUGACCCCAGGGCAGUUCUUCCUGCCGGUCGUGUCAUAUAACAGCAAAGCUUUCAGGAUGCUCCAGAACUUUCUACACUCAGGUGAGAACUCGCUGCAGUGUUCUGGUGAGAACUCACAAGCGUCUUCUGCGUUCUCCAGAAGGAAGAACUCCAUUGUUCUGUUUGACGCAAAAAUCUUCCUCAUUGUAAGAAAAUCGAAGGCACCUGAUUGGCUACUAGAGAAGCUGUGCCCCACCCCAUUGGAAUGUGAAGCCCCGCCCAUAAACUCAAAUGAUGAUGACAUCACUGACGGGAAUAGGAGUGAAGAUGGCACUGGUGCAGAGGUGUUAAAGGAGAGAGAAGCUGAUGUGAUGAAGAACAGAGAAGAAGAAGAAGAACAUGAAGGAGAAGAACAUGAGGAAGAAGAAGAAGAACAUGAGGAAGAAGAAGUUAAAACACCAAUGAAAGACGCAAGCACCAACACACCAAGAGUCAAGCUGGAGCCUGAGAGCGACGAUGGUGCCGCGGGAUUUGUGAGCGAGCGAGGACGUGAUGACGAGGCGAGGUCAGAGGCAGAAACUCACACAGGAAAUGAAACAAGUUCAUCAGAUAACGGCGACAGAAUAAAAAUGAUUGACGACAGCAGUUCAGCGGGUAAACCUACGUGUUGCAAACGUCUCCUUUUUACAAACUUACCAGGAACAAACGCAAACGGACCUCGAGAUAAAAGUGAGGUUAAAGGUCAAAUCGGCGACAUGGCCUCGGUCAGCGCUGCUGCUGAGAUCGGAGAUGUUUCCCAAAACAUCACAGAAGAGGAGAACGAAGAUGAGGCGCAUUCUAAAAAUCACGCCAGCACCCAUUCGGGCAGAGGUCAGAGUUCACGCUGCGAGAGUGACGUCGAGGUCAUAGACGUAAACGACGACGGCGAGAACCUUCCCGACACGAGCUCAGGCCGUGAGAACGCCGCCGGGAACAACGCUAGCCAAGUGGAGAAAAUGCUGGAAAUAUGUGAAAGCCUCAAACGGAGAAUCAGUGACUAUGUUAAGUCGAUUAAUUGUAAACGUCAUGAUGUCACCAUGGAAACGGGUGACGAUGGUGAUGAACUGAUAAUUGUUGAUGAUGAUGAUGAUGUAAUCAUAACCGACCGAGAGAUCGGAAACUCACGCGGACAUCGGUUCGGUGAUGUAGCUAACAGAUGUAAACACGGGAUUUCUGAUGAAAUGAAGGAGGAGACAGAUUCAGACGUAGCAGUUGGCGGUUCGACGGCUAAACGAUGUAAACUUAGCAAUGACACGGAUUCCUUGUUAGAACAUAAAUGUUCGGAAAGUGCCGUAGAUCCAAACUCUCGGGUUAAAGACGAUGACGGUGAUGUCGAGGUCAUCGAGGUUGAUGAUGAUGAUGAUGUUGAAAUCUGUGAGAGUGACAGUGAGAUCUCUGCGUUGCCUGAACGACGAGGCACCGGCGCCGAGAGUCCGGCCGCACUAGAGACAGCGAAAAGUUGUAAACGAAACGUUUCCGAGAGCCGCAGAAGUGACGAGACGAAGGUGGAUGUUCAGAGUGACGUUGAGGAACAGAGGAUCAAUGCUAAAGAUAAAAACCUUAAAGCUGCAACUGCUCAAGUUAAUGACAUGAAGCCAAACGUGACAGAUGAUGAAAGAUUCGUUAAAUAUCACGUCAGCGACGUUCAGCGCAAAAGAGCUUCUGAGAGUGAGGAAGGAGAACCAGUUUUGUCCAGCAGAAACCAACAGGACGUUCACGUAAUGAACCCACAAGUCUGGGUCCAGUCGUAUCUUAGUGAGAUUCCCCGUGUAGCUGAAGAUCCAGCUUCUGCAGGUGGCUCUGAAGCUCUGCUCGCUGGUGUCUCGGGUUCAUCUGCAGCGUCUGAACACCGCCAGCUUGCAGGAGAACAAUCUGAAGCUAUCAAUCAGAGCGCACGUGGUGAGGGAGCAGGCGUGUUUCUCCACCCCGUGUUUCCUCGAGCAAGUAACGAGACGGAUGACGAUCUGAGGCGGAAGGAGAACAUCGACCGGAUCCGAGAAAGACUCAGGAGGAUGGAGGAGAAACUUAACACUCUGAGGAGCUCACAGCACUGACGAGAACGCUCAGGAACGCAGAGGAACGCUAAGGACUGCUGAGGAACACUAAUGAACUCUGAGGUGUUAUUUAGUUUGUUUAUUAAUUGAGGAAAUGUAUCUAAUAAACAAUCACUGAGUGGAAACCAUCUCCUUUAUGCUGCUGUGGGUGAAACACAACAAACACUUACAUCUAACAUUACAGAACACAGUGAGAGCAGAGAACACACACACACACACACCACACACAGAUAUACAUACACACAUAUACAUAUAUAAACACACAUACACACACACACACACCCUUACCACUGUAUGCCUGCACAGACACACACAUAUAUACACACACCCUUUCUCACAUCACUUCAUUUAUCAGAGUGAGUUACUCCACAGUUUGAGGACAGUGGUGUAUCAGAGUGUUUUCUGGGCUCUGCUGCAGGGAGAGAGUUAUUGUGUGUGUGUGUGUGUGUGUGUGUGUUGUCUUGGUGUUGGUGUUAAAGCUGAACUCAGAGACACAAAAACAUCACACCUUAAUUUUUAACAAAGAAAAUAAAAUAAAAUAAAAUCUUCUGGGAAUGACUUGAAAAGAUCUGAUUUAUUUCUAAAAACUGGAACAUUCCCAGAGAAAGACUCUGGAAUAUUGUGGAAUAUCAUGAAAAGAUAAUGAUCUUUUAUAUAUAUUAUAUGAUAAUAUAUAAAAUACCUGAUAUAUAAAAUCACACAUUUUAAUAUUUUAUAUGAAAAAGUUUUGCUGGUGAUGAAAGAGUACUGAGCUCAGAUUU